CUCUUUUCUCGUAAUCGAAUAUGCAUUCAAUUAACGCUUGUGUUCUCUUGGGCCUGUGCGCCUUUGUGUUUGUGUCCUCCAUAAAUGCGGCGCCGGCGCCUUUGGAUGACUCCCAGCAGGCAACAAUUUUGCGUUAUGAUAAUGAAAACAUUGGCACUGACGGCUACAACUUUGGAUACGAGACGAGCGAUGGAGUAACGCGCCAGGAGCAGGCGGAGCUGAAGAACGUGGGCACCGAACAAGAGGCGCUUAGCGUGCGUGGCUCUUACAGCUGGGUGGCCCCAGAUGGUCAGACCUAUACCCUCAACUAUAUCGCCGAUGAGAACGGCUUCCAGCCACAGGGCGAUCAUUUGCCUCAUAACUAAGGAACCCAAAAUUCGAAUUUUGGGGCCUAAAUCAGAAUCAGUAUUUUCUUUGUCAAAUAAAUUGUAUGUUGAAUCUA